UUACACAACCCCCACAAAAUCACCACUAACAAAUCUCUCUACAUAUUUUUGCAAAAAAAUGUCAACUCAUAGAAGAAAAAUAAUUCUUAGCAAUGUCACAGUAAAACUAGGCUGUAGCAGUAGUUGCAUACGACCAAAACUCUCAAGCAUUUUUCACCCAAAACCUCGUCACAAAUCCACCACAUUUAACCACAAAAAAACUCCAAAAACCAACUACUCUAACUACUCUUCUUGUAGUUCAUGGGACACAACAACAACAACUUUCUCUCCACAUUCAGACAGUACUCCAAAUUACGAAUCUUCCGAUUUCAAAACCUCAAAAGCAGUACAAGGUUUUGGUCGUAUAGGUGAUGAGAGUGUUGCUGUUGAGAAAGAUUCUGAUGACCCUUACUUGGAUUUUCGACAGUCGAUGCUACAAAUGAUUCUUGAAAAAGAGAUUUAUUCUAAGGAUGAUUUGAAGGAGUUGUUGAACUGUUUUUUGCAGUUGAAUUCACCUUAUUAUCAUGGGGUAAUUGUGAGGGCUUUUACUGAGAUUUGGAACGGCGUUUUUUCACUCCGGCCUGGAGUUGCCGGAGCGAGUUCGCCGUUCUUGCAUGGUGGAGGAGGUCACGUGACUUAUAGUUAAAUGUCACGUGAUAUCUAUCGAAACUGCAACAACAGCCACAUAUCUAGUAUAAUUUCACGAGGAGAGCUAGUUUUUAGUUUUUGCAUGGGCGGAGGUCAUGUGACUUUUAAGUGUGAUCACGUGACUCCUUUUAUCUUUUUCCCCUUAUUUAAGUGUUUUCACGUGAAGUGUAUCUAAUAGUAGUAGGGUUGUGGGACCCAUUAAUAUUUAGUAGUGGGAUGGGUUUAUUUUUAGUAAUGUGUUUUUAAGUUUUUCUUUUUAGCUCUUUUUGUUUAAAUUUAGGGGUAGGAAGGAAAAAGGUUCUAUUUUCACAGCCUUUUUGAUUAUGCAGAAAAAAAUAGUUAGUGUUAUAUGUAGUCGAAGGGGUGGUCAAAAAUACUGUGAAAAUUGUAAUCUAUUAUUAGUAAUGUACUGUUCUUGUUUCUGUUCUUUCUGUCCUUAUUUU